AUGUAUAAUGUAUAUGCCUAUGAUAAACUCAGAAGAGAAAACGAAGAAAGAUACUCAAAGACGAUGAAGAUGAUAAUUGAAGAAAAAAAGAAAAAGAUCAUAGAUGAUCGAUAUGAAAAGAAAUUCAGGAUGAGAAUGAAUGAAACUGUUCUUCAGCUUUAUAAAGAAGUUGAUUUGGAAAACACUAAAAGGUCAAUAAGCGUAGCACCAUCAAGAAAUAAAAGAUCAAAGCUUACAAACAGCUUCAAAAAUUUCGAUAAAAAACUGUCACUUGAUAGCUCUUCAAAGAGAAGCAUAUUUAGGCUACGACCAAGAGAAAAAGACAAAGAAAUCCAGCCACCAUUGAAGUUUAAUUUUAAUACAGAAAGGGAAAGGAUUUCUGAAUCGCGAAGAGUCCAGAGAAGCUUAUUUGAUACUUCUCUGCCACCUAAUUCAGAUUCAAAAACGUUUUAUACAAAUUUUGACGGCUCAGCAAAGCAAACACUCAGUGGAGGAAAAGAAAGCUUCGAUUAUUAUCAUUUUAAGACGCAUUUUAAAGAAAUUGAAAGCAUGGCAAUGGAUCUUCAUGGAAGUCUAAAAUUUUCAAAAGAAAAAGUGUCACUAAAAGAGAAGAAAAAGCAGGAAAAACUAAACAAACUGCUGAUGAGAAUAAAUGGAGAUGACGAAAAUAAUAGGAACACUAUAAUUUCAAGCACGCUAACGAAAGAAGAAAUUAUCCCUAUAUCGAAUAGAGUUCUAGAGAAAUAUGGGCUAUGAAAGCAGCUACCUAAUAAGCAUGAUUCUGAAGAAGGGCGAUGGGCAAUCACUUUAAGAAGCUCUAUAAAAUUCCCAGAUUUAUCUCCUAAAAAGUCUAGAAGUAAAAAUGAUUAA